UUUCUGGUUCAAUUUUCCCAGGAAACAAACAGCUCCACUAAAACGAAGGCCGUACGCUCCAAGGGCCUCUCUUCGUCUCUCGUUCCUUAAAACCAAUAACCACACCCAAAAAAAUAAAACAAUAAAACAACGUCUCUCUCAUUUUUCCAUGUUCGACGAUCCUUAUCACCGAAAACUCUGACUCUCACAUUCCCGAUUUAGAGCCCAUUGUCAUUUCACAGUCACCAGAGCUUGGAUCGCUCCCAUGAAUCGGUACGAUUCUAACCCUUUCGCCGAUGACGAGGUCAAUCCAUUUGCGAAUCCUGGAAGUGUCCCCCCUGCAAACUCGAGGCUUUCACCUCUUCCUCCUGAACCCUAUGAUCGCAAUGCAACAAUUGAUAUUCCUCUUGAUAAUUCAAAGAGUUUACAAGCAAAGGAGAAGGAACUCCACGCAAAAGAGGUUGAAUUGAAAAAGAAGGAACAGGAACUAAAGCGGCGGGAAGACGCCAUAGCACGAGCUGGAGUUGUUAUAGAGGAGAAAAACUGGCCUCCAUUUUUCCCCAUCAUCCAUCAUGACAUUGCAAACGAAAUACCAAUCCAUCUACAGAGGAUCCAGUAUGUUGCGUUCACAACAUAUCUGGGUUUGAUUGUGUGUCUUCUGUGGAAUAUUCUGGCAGUUACCGUAGCCUGGUUCAAAGGAGAAGGUCCAAUAAUUUGGCUUCUGGCUGUAAUCUACUUCAUAGCAAGUGUUCCGCUAUCCUAUUUCCUCUGGUAUCGCCCGCUUUAUCGUGCUAUGAGGACUGAUAGUGCUCUGAGUUUUGCUGGGUUUUUCUUGUCUUAUCUCCUCCACAUUGCGUUUUGUGUCUAUGCUGCAAUUGCUCCUCCAAUUGUCUUCAAAGGGAAAUCUAUCACAGGUAUUUUGCCUGCAAUAGAACUGCUGGGUUACAAUGCUGCGGUUGGGACUUUGUUUCUUCAUUUCAGAUACUUUACUUCAUUGGAUUUGGGCUGUUCGUCUGUGAAACAGUUCUCAGCAUCUGGGUUAUUCAGCAAGUAUACACGUAUUUCAGAGGCAGUGGAAAGGCUGAAGAGGUGAAGCGUGAGGCAGCAAGAAGUACCAUGAUGGCAGCAAUGUGAAAUGACCAAACCAAAAGGAUUUUGGAUAGCAACUUGUUAGGAUCACGGUUUCUCUUAUAUUCUUUUUGUUUAAUGGUUUCUUCACAAACCAAAGGAUUUCGUAUAGUAGUGAAUUUUGUUAGGUUGUGCAGUCAGAUGGAUGGUGCCUCUUUUGAGUCCAACCUUGAAAUAUCGUUUUCCCCGUACUUGAUUCUAGAGAAAUACUCUUUAUGUUUGAUACUUUUGGUCCUUGAAUAGUUGAAAUUUUAGUCACAGAGGCCAUGAUAAAUCAAGCUAGAGAGGCUUCUUUU